AUGGAUGGCUUCCAAGCAUCACGGGAAAUUAGACGUAUAGAAAAGGAAUUUCGUGCCGGGUUGUCCGAAUCAGCCCAAAACGCGCUUUCACCCACAGUAAUCGCUGCAUUGACCGGGCUUGAUAGCGCCGGUGCGCAGAAGGAGGCUUUGGGGUCGGGCAUUAACACUUUCCUGGUCAAGCCCCUUAAGCGGAAGGAAUUGCAAGCUGUCCUGCGCUGCCAAAUUUAG